CGUCCGUGAGGUAUUUCAUCACUUUCGCCUCCUAACCUUACAUUCUCUUCACUCAAAGUUAACAUCUGUUAAUGACGUGUGGUUGCAGAAAAAUCCAAUAUAAAAAUGCCUUCUGACUUAACCCCGGAUCAAAAAUACGAGCUCCUUGCGAGAAACCUCCAGGAAGUCCUCGGGGAAGAGAAAAUCAAAACCGUUCUUAAAGAGCGCGACUUGAAAAUCUACUGGGGCACCGCGACCACAGGCAAGCCUCAUGUCGCCUAUUUCGUACCAAUGUCCAAAAUUGCGGACUUUCUACGAGCCGGUGCCGAAGUUACCAUUCUUUUUGCGGACCUACAUGCUUAUCUGGAUAAUAUGAAGGCACCUUGGGAGUUGUUAGCUCUUAGGGUGCAAUAUUAUGAGCAUUCCAUUAAGGCAAUGCUACAAUCCAUUGGAGUCUCCAUUGAUAAGCUUAAAUUUGUCAAAGGGACUGAAUAUCAACUCAGUAAAGAGUACACUUUGGAUGUAUACAGAAUGAGUUCAGUCAUAACUGAGCAUGAUGCAAAGAAAGCUGGUGCUGAAGUUGUCAAACAAGUUGAACAUCCUCUUCUAAGUGGACUGCUAUAUCCAGGUCUGCAAGCUCUGGAUGAAGAAUAUUUAAAAGUCGACGCCCAGUUUGGAGGUAUUGAUCAACGAAAAAUCUUCACGUUCGCCGAGAAAUACCUUCCGCAAUUAGGUUAUCAGAAACGCGCGCAUUUCAUGAACCCCAUGGUGCCAGGUCUUACCGGCGCAAAGAUGUCCUCCUCUGAAGACGAGAGCAAGAUAGACCUACUUGAUUCCCCCGCUGAUGUGAAGAAAAAGUUGAAAAAAGCUUUCUGUGAGCCGGGAAACAUCGAAAAUAACGGUAUUCUCUCGUUCGUGAAGCACGUAAUCUUCCCACUAUUCAAACCGGAUGAGAUGUUUGUUGUGCCCAGAAAGGAAGAGUUCGGAGGUGACGCCAAGUAUGAUACAUUCAAUGCUUUAGAGAAAGCAUUCGCGGCGGAAGAAGUACAUCCGGGCGAUUUGAAAACUGCCACUGAGAAUUACAUCAAUAGGUUGUUGGAACCAAUUAGGAAAACCUUCCAGGAUCCUAAACUGAAGGCAUUGGCAGCUAAGGCUUAUCCAACUCCAACUAAACAAAAAGGUGGAGCUGCUGCAGGUGCAAUUGAAGAAAUAACUCCAUCAAGAUUAGACAUCAGAGUUGGUAAAAUCGUCGAGGUUGGUAAGCAUCCAGAUGCGGACGCCUUGUACGUGGAGAAAAUUGAUUUGGGCGAAGCUGUACCAAGGACUAUAGUCAGUGGUUUAGUUAAUUUUGUUCCAAUUGAAGAAAUGAACAACAGAAUGGUGGUUGUUCUCUGCAAUCUGAAAGCAGCAAAGAUGCGUGGAGUUGAAUCACAGGGCAUGGUCUUGUGCGCAUCUACUGAUGAUCCGAAACAAGUGGAACCACUCCUGCCGCCAGAGGGCGCUGUUGUUGGCGAACGCAUUUCCAUUGAAAACUUCGACGGAACACCUGAUGAAGUUCUUAAUCCGAAGAAAAAAGUAUGGGAGAAGCUACAAGUUGAUCUUAAAACUAACGGGGAAUGUAUGGCGCAAUGGCAAGAAAACUACCUGCUGACUAAAAGCGGCGGGAAGAUUCGUGCCAAGAGUAUGUCCAACGCCCCUAUACGAUAAUGUUAAUUUACCAGUAUUUAUAAACAAUUGACAACAUAUAACAUAAUAAAUUUUCUUUCUACUGGCAUGUUUCAACCGAA